GUGCCACUUUCAGGUCUCCUCACACUGCUGGUGUGUUCCAUUUUUUGUCAUAGGGUGCUGGCAGAUUACGGGCCUCCCAUAGCUGCUGCCAGGCCCCUAAUCUGCCAUGGGCCCCUAUACCGCCUCCUCAUGCUGCUGCCAGGUCCAGAGUGUCUCAUGGGUCCCUGUACGGCCUCCCAUUGCUGCUGUCUCCAUCGCCACACUCUGCCAUGUGCCACUUUCAGGUCUCCUCACACUCCUGCUGGUUUCCAUUUUGUCAUAGGUUGCUGUAUGGCCUCCCAUUGCUGCUGCCUCCACCGCCACACUGUGGCUCCAAACACUGGUUUUGGCCCCCGUGACUGGCCAAAUGAGUGAAGUGUGCGGUGAUUCUAAGAUCGACGGCACUCAUCUGCAUGUCAUACUG